GGCAGCCGAGAUGGCGGCGGCCCCGGCGGCUGGCGGGGUGGCGCGGGGCCGCGGGGUUACCAGCUUCCAGCGGAAAGCCGCGGCCGGCAGCCGCCUAGCCGCUGUCGCGGGCACUCGGCCUUCCGUUCGCCACGGGCAGCUGCUGCUCUCCAGCGGGCUCCCCUCCCUGGACUGUGUGCUAGGUGGAGGUGUAGCUGUUGGAACCCUUCUUCUUAUUGAGGAAGAUAAAUACGGUCUUUACUCCAAUUUGUUGUACAAGUAUUUUCUCGCAGAGGGAGUUGUCUGUGGACAUGACUUGUUUGUUGCUUCUGCUAAAGAGCAUCCUGACAACAUCUUAAAGGAACUUCCAGCCCCUUUGCUUGAUGAUACCCACAGAAAUGAAUUGGGAGAAGAAGCAACAGCUGUUAAGUCUGAAGAUUUUCAGGAUUCUAUGAAAAUAGCCUGGCGCUACCAAAAUUUACCAAAAAUGGAGGCCAGCCCAACAACAUCUACAAAGUUUGGCCAUUAUUAUGAUGUUUCUAAAACAAUGUCUCCAGAACUGUUUCAGUCCAUAAAAUGCCACAGUUUUUACCUUCCUGAAGAAUUGUCUUUACAGGCUAAAAUGAAAACAUGUAAUAUGAACAGUGCCUACACAAGGCUGCUUGAGUCUAUUCACAGGAUCAUUUACCAGGAAGGGUUUGAUGGCUCCGAUCCUCAGAAAAAACAGAAGAAUAUUUUGCGGAUAGGAAUUCAGAGUCUGGGUUCCAUGUUGUGGGGUGAUGACAUUUGUAGCAGUGAUACUCCUGAAGAUGUUCAUAGCCUUACAAAAUUUCUGUAUGUUCUCCGUGGCCUCCUCAGAAAAUCUUUGUCAGCCUGCAUCAUCACAGUGCCUGCUCACCUUAUCCAGAAUAAAGCAAUUAUGGAACGUGUAACAAACUUGUCAGAUACGGUAGUUGGUCUUGAAUCAUUUAUUGGCUCUGAGAGAGAAACCAAUCCAUUAUACAAGGAUUACCAUGGUUUGGUUCAUGUACAUCAGAUUCCUCGGCUUAAUAGCUUGAUCUGUGAUGUGUCAGACACGAAGGACCUUGCUUUUAGAUUAAAAAGGAAGCUGUUCACCAUUGAGCGACUGCAUUUGCCUCCAGACUUGUCAGACACAGUGAGCCGCGCGAGCAAACAGGAUCUGGCAGAAUCCGCCAAACUGCUGAGCUCAGGAUGUGGUGCUAUGGCCAUCGGCAAGAAGCACCUGGACUUCUAGUGAUUUCUACUUAGCAGUUUCACUCAGAUUUAUAUGACACUCUAAUUAUGAGUGUUAAUGACUUAUAUAAAUAUUUUUCUUAAUGAUUUGACCCAGCAGUCUUUAAAAAUACAUGUUAUCAUAUGGUGCCUCUUUUUUUUUUUUCUCCUGUGGUUUUUUUUCUGGUUUUUUUUUUUUUCUGGGUUGUUUUUUUUUCUGGUUUCUUUGUACUAAUUUCAGGCUUGUUUGGAUUUUGCUUUUUGUUAAAGCUUCUGUUAUGUUGGGUCCUGCCAUUGUUCUGCUUGACUGGAAACAUACAGUAUUUUGUUCCUUUCCUUAAAAUACGAAAAUUACUCUUACCCUUUCAUUUCUAGAUUUUUUUUUACAAUAAAAAUAAAGGGAUAUUUUUCCCAUUGGAAUUUUUAUAUACCUACAUUUAAUAUUUUGUAUGAAGAAUAAGUUAAGUUGGACGGUUUAUUGAAAUAAAGGAAUGAAACUAAACAAUUCAUCGUUACGUGUUAUUCCAAAAGCAAACUACGCAGUUAUUGUUUUAAAAACAUUAAUUUUUUGUAAUUGAAAUACCAUUCUUAAAUUUCAAGAAAUAUUUACAUUAGGUUAUUGAAUAUGUAAUAAUAAAUAUAAAAUGUAUAAGAUCGUUUUUAUUCUAAUGUGCCAGUAAUUAAGAAUGGUUGUUUUUUGAAUCAGAAUAUAUUAUAGAUAAUUACUUUGCCUUAUGGUUUACUACAUGUAUUAAAAUGCACUUGAAUGGAAUUUACUAACCGUAGAGAAAAGAACUGAUUUCCUUAUGUAGUUCAAAACAGUAAUCCUAGACAAUUGAAGUCAGCACUAUGAAAUUAUGUCAACAGACAUAAUUCAAGAUUGAAAUUCAAACCGACAGCUACAUUAAUGCUAGAAAACCAGAAGAGUGCAUUUGAGCUCGGGGAAGGGUAUCGCAGCGUGCUGGUCUAAAGCAGGGCAGAAUAUACAAGUCAUUCAGGCUUCCGUACCCUCAGAUAGACAAUUUGUGAACUUCUAACUGGUUUGUACGUAUCCGUGUGUAUAUCGCAUCAAACGAAAGAACGGUAAAGCAAAGCUGACCUGUAAAUUAAAGUGGUUUGCAUUCUUUCUUCUGAGGCUGACUUCCAUUUUGAAAGGUAAUAUCAUCUUCUCCGCAGAACUUCCGAGCCAGCCAGCUGUAAGAUUGCAUUACAGUUUCAAAAUUUAGUCUUUGUAAUAGUGUAUUACAUGGCUGGAGUGAAAGUGACUCUUCAAAGAACAUGUUAAUGGGAUGCAGUAAUGGUAACGUAUUUUGAUGGCUUUGGAACCAAGAGUUGGUUAAGUGGUUUGCUUUUUUUUUUCUUUCUGCAAUCCAGGUUCUACUUUAUUUUUUUCUUGACAACGCUGUGUAAAACAAAGACAUAGCUUUUAAAACUGUCUAACUAAUAUGAUGAAUGUCAAUCACUUAAAAAACUCCACUGUAGCAUAAACACAUACUGUAUACAGCUUUUAUUCUGAAUUAGAAUAAUUGAAUCAAUGACAGUGAUUUGCCAGGAUGUCAAAUCUAUCCAUCAUAUCCUGUCACUACCAGUUUAUUUUUUGUGAUCAAAAUCAAAAAGACUACUAUUUUGUCAUCAGCUAUUUCAUUAGUAGUAACAAUCAGGUUUUCUCUUCUAUAUUUUUUAGAUAUGCCUGUUAUAUUUUUUAUUUCUAAAGACACAAAUCCUUUUUAAAUCUUUUCAAAAUAAAGUUUCAGAACUGAACUGUCAGUUUAAUAAAGCAAAAAGACAUCUACUUUCCCGUGCCAAUAUAUUUAAAAUAUUAUCAUUGAUGUCUCAAACACUUUUUCUCUUUUUUGUAUUAUGUGUAACAUUGAAUGGAAGUUCUCAUUAGAUACUUAAUUGUGCCUUUUGAAAGCAUGAAAUAAUUUAAAUACUUAGGAUAAAGUGAUUUUUAACAAAGGUGAAGUUCUACAGAGUACGUCUUUUUAAUGUAAAUAACACAAAACACAGGGUUUUGUGAAAUAUACAGGCACAAGACAUAUAAAUUCCUGCCAACACACUUAAACAGGUCAUUGACUUAACAUACAGGGGAGAAAAUAUCAUGAAAAUCACAGUGGAUUUCUAGUUAAUGUAGUAACUGAAAAUUGUUAAUAGUAGCGCGUGUAUUCCACAUAUGUAUAUGUGUAUAUGUGUCCUAUGCAUUUAUAAGACUUCAGUUUCAAAAACUUCGGUAGGUUAAUAUUAAAGCUGACAAAUAUUUUGAUAAUAA